UCGGAAUUAGGGUUUCUAGAUUUAGGGCUUUCUAUCUACCCUAUAUAGUCGAAGAACUAAAUCAGGCGUAUUUCUUACUACUUCGACUUCAUUUUGCUUUUCUCUCAAAGGCAGCCAUGGUUCACGUCAAUUUCUACCGCAAUUAUGGAAAAACUUUCAAGAAGCCUCGUCGUCCAUAUGAGAAGGAGCGUUUGGAUGCCGAAUUGAAGCUCGUAGGAGAGUAUGGGCUCCGUUGUAAAAGAGAACUAUGGAGGGUUCAAUACGCAUUGAGUCGCAUUCGUAAUGCUGCACGUAUGCUUCUCACUCUUGACGAGAAAGACCCACGCCGAAUUUUUGAAGGUGAAGCCCUUCUACGUAGGAUGAAUAGGUAUGGGCUUUUGGAUGAGAGCCAAAACAAGCUCGAUUAUGUCUUGGCUUUGACUGUUGAGAACUUUCUUGAACGCCGUCUUCAAACACUUGUAUUCAAAACUGGCAUGGCAAAGUCAAUUCAUCAUGCUCGUGUGCUGAUUAGGCAGAGGCAUAUCAGGGUUGGGAGGCAAGUGGUUAAUGUUGCAUCGUUCAUGGUGAGGGUGGACUCUCAGAAACACAUCGACUUCUCUCUUACUAGUCCAUUCGGAGGUGGCCGUCCUGGAAGAGUGAAACGAAAGAACCAAAAAGCCGCUGCUAAAAAGGCAUCUGGUGGAGAUGGAGACGAAGAGGAUGAAGAUUGAGGGAAUCUUAUCGAUACCCGUAAGUCUCCACAUUUGUACCUUUUACUUUUCAAUCAAUGUUGUUUUGUUACUUAACAGUAAACACCAAGUCUUCAUGAUUUAGUUUUCUUAUAGUAUUUGUUGUUGUGGAACUCUAAGUGUCAAUUUAUACAACUUUUUUGGUUGCGAAUGAGACUUUCUUUCCAUCU